GGUCAUUUAAUAAAUCGUUUGGACUUCAACUUGAUUUUAUUUGCGUCGUUCCCACUGUUAAAUCAGUAUUAUCAAUAUCCAUUGUAACAGCUCCAAAACCAUUUCCGAGGGCAGUUUUGUCAACCGCAAUUCAAGUUGAUAAGUUUUCGCCUCUAAGAACAUUAAGAAGUUUAACUUUAACAUCAUCUAUACUAAUGCUAUUAGGGUCAUCAUUAGGAUUUAAAAAAAUGCUUUUUCAAUUUGGAGCACGAUGA